AUGAACCGCAUCAGAAUCCAUAAAUCAGAACAAAUGAGCUGCAAACCUGAGAAGGCUUUCGCGGACGAAACGAACAGCAAAUACGCGCCACUCACCGAAGACGAAAAGAAAUAUCUCCCGUACGCGUGGCGGCUGUUGGGAGGUGACGACAUGGGGAGCCUGCCCGCCCGCCAACUCGGCAAGGUGAUGCGGGGGUUCGGCAAGAACCCAUCCGAGCAGGACAUUCAGUACCUGAAGUACGAGCACGAGGUUGACGACGACAGGAGGUUGAUUUACAAUGAGUUUGUAAAACUUUACCGCGCAUGCGCGCCCGGAACUGACUCCAAAGAACGUUUGGAGGACGCCUUCAGGGUGUUUGACAAGGAAAACGAGGGAAAAAUUAAAGCCGAGGAUUUACGGUACAAGUUUAAUUCAAGUACCGAUAAAAAGUCACAGAAAUAA